AUGAUGAAGUCGGACGGCCGUUCUAUGACUCCCGGGCUGCGGAGAAGGUGGACCCGCGCGCCCAGGAGUGCAGAGGAGACCAGUCCAGACUCGCCGCCAGCCCGUAAACCCGCUCGCGAGCGCGCAGCUGGCACAUUUAGCCUCCUGCGUCUGCACCGGGGAGGGGUAGCUACCGCGGGCCGAGAGCUCUCGCCUUGCGCCCCCGGCCCCCAGCGCAUCCCUUGUUACCUGAGCAACUACACCCGGCUGCCGGCGGGAUUUGCCCGCGCCGCGUGGGGUAGGAGUAGAGGCGGGGCGGCGGUGAGGCCAGGUGAACGCAGAAUCCAGCUGAGGGGCUCUACUGUGCGCCCGGGAAAAAGAUUUCCCCGAGGGCAUCUCCUCAACUUGACCAGAUGGUCUCGACACGUGCGAGCACCUUCUAUGCCGUCUCUAAUCCAGGCAGGCCUGAGUAGUCAGUAUCUCUCAUUUCGCUGGGCCGGGGAGCAGAGCCUCCGAAGGUUCCUGGGCGCUGCUGUAUCUCCAGGGGCCAGUUCAGCCAGUCAGCCAGCAGGUAUUCGUGCGCCUUACAGAAGACUGCCCGAGGAACCUCCAGCAGCGCGUCCACGGCCCUGGAAUACUUUCUGCGUAUUUCCCCCCCAAAACCAAAUACAAUUUGUGCCAUUUGGUCUACACAAAAAUAUAUCUAAAGUUCCUAGAAGAACUAUACAAAAAAGAGCUUCACAACCAAGAUAAUCACGAUGGUGUGAUCACUGACCUAGAGCCAGACAUCCUGGAAUGUGAAGUCAAGUGGGCC